AUGCAUUCCUCGCUCGUGACCAGCAACACAGGCGCGCUGAUGCCGUUCCUGGUGGUGUUGCUCGGCCAGGUAGCCACGUCCUUCGUGCUGGAGGGCUCGGCCACCAGUUACGCUCAGUUCAGAAAAUGGAACGCCGGUCUGAACGGCACGCUAGAGUUCGAGUUCAAGACCGAGCAAGGCAACGGUCUGUUGCUGUACACCGACGACGGCGGCACUUACGACUUCUUCGAGGUGAAACUUGUGGAGAGCGCGCUCAGGCUGAGAUACAAUCUCGGGGGCGGUGCACAGAUCGUCACCGUCGGCCACGACCUGGGCGACGGUCACUGGCACAAGGUGCAGAUCACCAGGUGCAACGAAAACACCACGUUGACCGUGGACGGAGUUAGCGCGGUCUCCACGUCCCGCGGCAAGGAGUUCGAGUUCGGCAAACUGGCUGGCAACUCUGACGUUUACGUGGGCGGCAUGCCCAGCUGGUACAACAGCAAACUGACGUUGCUGGCGCUGCCCAGUGUGAUUUUCGAGCCGAGGUUCAACGGAUUCAUCAGGAAUCUCGUGUACGCCGACGGGGAGAACAUGGUGCCCAGGAGGCAGGAGAUGAAGAGCCGGGACGCUAAGUGUGGUGGAUUUCCGUGCGUCGAGAAUAUCAAGCGCAAAUCGCCAAGGAGUUUACGCAACAUGAUGACAGCCAAUACGACGGAUGCCUGUGAAACGCGUGAUCCCUGCCAACACGGCGGAAUCUGCAUUUCCACCGACAGUGGACCCUUCUGCGAGUGCCGGUCCGGCGAUUAUGAGGGCGCCUAUUGUGAGAAAGAAGCAUGGAGCACGGUGCUGCCUACGGCGGGUGCUGGUGAUUACUGGGCGUGGGAAUACAAUAAAGCGCCAUCAGAAGCCUCUUUCAGAGGGACCGAGUAUCUCACGAUAAAUCUGAGCAAAGGGGACCCGAUCCUCAGCACGCUGGAAUCAAUCAGCUUGCAAUUUAAAACCAGGCAACCGAAUGGACUACUGUUCUAUUCCGCCAAUGGACGCAAUCGCGCUUCCUGCCCAGCCGGACAGGGAGAUGAUUAUCUGACCGUAUCUCUGAGAGACGGAGGGGCAGCCGUGGGCAUGACGUUGGCUAAAGGAAGAUUAGAUCUGCACAUAAAGCCAGUCCGAAUCCGGUUCGACGAUAAUCAGUGGCACAAGAUCAUCGUCCUGAGGAAGGUUCAAGAGAUAUCCUCCAUCACCAGCUUCUGCAGGCUGUCCGCCAUCGUCGAUGGGAUUUACGCGGAACACGGCCACACUGCGGGCUCGUUCACACAUUUGGCGAGCGAUCGACUGUUGGUGGGCGGUGGUGCCGACGCGAGAUCCCUGCAGGGCGCCAAGGGGAUCAACAACUUCGUCGGAUGCCUGAGGAAGGUCGAAUUCGUGGCGGAGGGGGUGAAAAUGGAGCUGAUCGACGCGGCCAGGAGCGGAGCCGCGGGCGCGGCCGCCUGGGGCAAAAUGGAUUUCCAUUGUCGGGAGCCCAGAGCCUCGGACCCAAUCACCUUCACCACCAGGGACUCUCAUCUCGCUGCGGCGACAAUAAGUGCAAGGCGACUUCACGGCGCCGUGGUUACCUUCACCAGCCCAGAGUCCCACCUGGUCCUGCCACCUUGGAAGGCGGCCAAGUCCGGCAGUAUAUCCUUCAAAAUCCGGACCAACGAACCUAACGGCUUGAUCAUGUACAGCCGUAGUGGAGCUCACACGAGGCAAGAUCUCUUCGCCUUCGAGAUCUUCAAUGGUCAUCUGUACCUGCACGCUGACCUCGGAAGCGGACCGGUGAAGGUGAAAUCGUCGAAACAACGAAUCGACGACGGCACGUGGCACGACGUGGCACUUCGCCGAGUCGAAAGAGACGGACGCGUCACCGUCGACGGUUCCAUCGUCGAAUUCCGUACACCAGGUGAUUCCACGCAAUUAGAUCUCGAUGGAUUGCUGUAUAUCGGCGGUGUGGGCGCUCCAUUUGCACCCCUAACAGUCCCUCCAGUACUAUGGACAGGUGCCUUGAGACAGGGUUACGUCGGUUGCAUGAGGGAUCUUGUCAUAAACGGCCAACCAAUAGAUAUAGCUGGAUACGCUCAGCAACAGGAUUCUG